AUGGGGGACAUCCUAUGUAAAAAUGCUUUUAGUCCUAGAUGCAAAUGUUUCUGUGAAGAGACAGAAGGCUCACCACAGCAAGACAAGCCAGAGGAAGUGCAUUGUGUUCCGAAGCUGAUGGAUUCAAGCAAAAUACCAACCACAACAAAUGCAUUGCAGCCACAAUGGUUUCAUACACUUCAGACACAAAAAGCUGGAAGAACACGACAACGCCGUUUCAGCGAUCCUUCCCAGGAGCAGGCAUUUGCUGCGAGAUUCCAGUGGCAAAGAAGAGGUCUCCCAUUUGGAAAUGCGGCCUCCUACUUAAAUCUGGAGAAGCUGAGUGAAAGUUCUCAUUCAACAGUAUACAAAGGGAUCAGUAGAAUAUAUGGCCAGUUGGUAGCUUUGAAAGUCAUCAGCCUGAAGACAGAGGAAGGAGUCCCUUUCACAACCAUAAGAGAAGCGUCUCUCCUGAAGGGCUUGAAACAUGCCAACAUUGUGCUCCUCCAUGACAUCGUCCAAACCAAAGAGACCCUGACUUUAGUCUUUGAGUACAUGCACACAGACUUGGCACAGUACCUGUCCCAGCAUCCUGGGGGACUUCAUCCUCAUAAUGUCAUGCUCUUCACGUUCCAACUUUUGCGAGCCUUGGCUUUCAUCCAUGAACGUCACAUUCUGCAUCGGGACCUGAAACCUCAGAACUUGCUCCUCAGUUGCCAUGGAGAGCUCAAGUUAGCUGACUUUGGUCUUGCUCGUGCCAAGUCCCUGCCCGGUCAAACGUACUCUGCUGAGGUGAUGACACUUGGGUAUCGCCCUCCUGAUGUGCUACUGGGAGCCACUGAUUAUUCUUUUGAUGUAGAUAUCUGGGGUGCAGGCUGCAUAUUUGUUGAGAUGCUUCAGGGUCAGCCACUGUUUCCAGGGGUUCACAACACCUUUGAACAGUUGGAGAAGAUCUGGAUGGUACUGGGGGUCCCAACAGAGGAAAUCUGGCCAGGAGUUUCCAAACGUCACCACUUUAAGCCAGAGUUCUUUAAACUCCCCUUCCCCAGGAAUUUACACGUCGUUUGGAACAAACUGGGCAGGGAGACUGAGGCUGAAGACUUGGCAGCAAGAAUGUUAAAAGUUUGUCCACAAGAUAGGAUCUCCGCACAGGAGGGACUUGUUCAUCAUUUCUUCAGUCCUUUGCCCUCUCAAUUGUACCAGCUUUCUGAUGCACAGUCCAUCUUCAUAGCCCCUGGAGUGAAGCUGAAACCAGAAAUAUGUGACCUCUUUGCUCCGUAUGAGAAGGGCCACCUCCAAAUCAGUUCUAGCAAGUUUUGGUGAACAUGGCAAAGGAAUUAUAGACUUCUUGGGUUGGGGGUUGAUGUAAGGAAGGAAAUGGAUGGUGUUUAAGAUCACAACAGAGACAAUUGCUGACGCCCUCAAUGUUUUAAAAGUG